AUGGCUGUUCGAACUGAAAGACCAACCCCUAGGUCAUUGUCACCGUCAUUGUCACUGUCUCCAGACGAAGGGUACCGAGAUACUACACCUGAGACCAACGGCGCAUCCGAAACAGGCGAUCCCCCAUCACACGCGGUUAACGUCUCGCCUCGAUGGAACGAGUCCAAAUCUACAUUAUGGAAACUGACUGCUACAUGCUGGUGCGCAAUGGUGAUGGGGUCGAACGACGCCGCCUACGGAGCCAUCAUUCCCUAUCUGGAGACUUACUACCACAAAAGCUAUACAGUGGUAUCACUGGUCUUCCUGUCCCCCUUUGUGGGCUACACUUUCUCUGCCAUCUUGAGCAAUCUGAUUCAUCAAAACUUAGGGAGGAGAGGAAUCGCCAUCAUUGCACCGAGCUGCCAUGUCACGGCUUUUGCAAUCAUAUCAGCUCACCCUCCAUUCCCUGUACUGGUAGUUUCCUACGUGCUCGUUGGCCUGGGAAGCGGCUUCCACAAUGCCGCGUGGAAUGUGUGGAUUGGAAACAUGGCCAACUCGAAUGAAGUGCUUGGAUUCUUUCAUGGGUUCUACGGAAUUGGAGCUACAAUCAGUCCCUUGGUCGCUACGACAUUAAUCACCAAGGCCGGAUGGCAGUGGUACUCUUAUUACUAUCUCAUGACUGGAGGCGCUGUCUUAGCACUAGUUUAUACUUCGGCUGCCUUUUGGCACGAGACGGGCAGCAAGUAUCAACGAGAGAAUGCAAGUCUGGCAGGUAAUGAGGGGGGUGCAUUAUCUCAGACUCGGAUCGCUCUUACGCACAAAGUGACGUGGAUAUGUGCCGUGUUUCUCUUCCUAUACGGAGGCAUCGAAGUGGCGAUCGGUGGCUGGAUUGUUGUAUUCAUGACCAACGUUCGACAUGGCGGCGCAUUUGAAUCUGGAAUGGCAGAGACAGGCUUCUGGCUGGGCAUCACUGUUGGUCGAUUCGUGCUGGGAUUUGUAUCACCGCGAAUCGGGGAAAAGCUCUCAGUCGCCAUAUACAUCCUGUGUUCCAUUGUCCUUGAGCUGGUCUUUUGGCUCGUUCCCGAGUUCAUCAUUUCCGCAGUGGCAGUAUCGCUUGUUGGCUUCUUCAUGGGCACUAUCUUUCCCGGGGUUGUCAUUGUUGCGACACGAAUGCUCCCGCGGAAUGUCCAUGUUGCCGCAAUUGGAUUUGCGGCUGCUUUCUCAAUGGGUGGUGGUGCUGUGUUCCCUUUCAUGAUUGGUGCUAUCGCUCAAGCUAGAGGGGUGACGGUCUUGCAGCCUAUUCUGCUUGCCAUGUUAGCUGUGGCUUUGGGGAUCUGGGCCACCUUGUUCCGGCUCCCUCAGCGAGAGUUGUCACACCAGGUCUGA